GCGCGCUCCCGGCGCUCCCGGUGACGUGACUCGGGUGGCGGAGGAGUGGCGGGCCCACUACCGGAAAGGAGCGGAGCUCCUGGGACGCUAUCCCCAUUGGGAAGUCGUGUCGGCGUUGCCGGCACCGCCUCGCCGCGGUGGCCGUGAUGCGCUCCACCCGCGAGUCCCCACUCCCGGGAGCCCUGGCUGCCGAGUCGGACGUAGCCGAGCAGCCUUGUAGGACUACAUGAUCUCAACCCUUGUGUAUAUAGCCUGGAAAGAAGAAACAAAAGUUGAUUUAGAAUAGGAGGGCUCUAAUGCCAGGAGGACUGCGGUGAUGGUGUAUGACGACUGAUUCCCAGAGCCUUGCCUGACCUCUGACCCAUCAGCAUGGGGAGGAUUGGCAUCUCCUGUCUUUUUCCUGCUUCCUGGCAUUUCAGCAUCUCUCCAGUGGGGUGUCCCCGAAUUCUGAAUACCAACUUACGCCAAAUUAUCGUCAUCAGCCUUCUGGCUGCUGCUGUCUCACUUUUAUACUUUUCUGUUGUCAUAAUCCGAAAUAAGUAUGGACGGCUCUCCAAAGACAAGAAGUUUCAAAGGUACUUGGCACGAGUUACUGACAUUGAAGCUACGGACACCAAUAACCCCAAUGUGAACUAUGGCGUCGUGGUGGACUGUGGGAGCAGCGGGUCUCGGAUAUUUGUCUAUUGCUGGCCACGGCACAAUGGCAAUCCUCACGAUCUGCUGGAUAUCCGGCAAAUGAGGGAUAAAAACCGAAAGCCUGUGGUCAUGAAAAUAAAACCUGGCAUUUCAGAGUUUGCGACUUCUCCAGAGAAAGUCAGUGAUUACAUUUCUCCACUCUUGAACUUUGCUGCAGAGCAUGUUCCACGGGCAAAACACAAAGAGACCCCUCUCUACAUUCUCUGCACGGCUGGAAUGAGAAUCCUCCCCGAAAGUCAGCAGAAAGCCAUUCUGGAAGACCUUCUGACUGACAUCCCUGUGCACUUUGACUUCCUGUUUUCUGACUCUCAUGCAGAAGUAAUUUCAGGGAAACAAGAAGGUGUCUAUGCUUGGAUUGGCAUUAAUUUUGUCCUUGGACGAUUUGAGCAUAUCGAAGAUGAUGACGAGGCAGUAGUGGAAGUUAACAUCCCUGGUAGUGAAAGCAGCGAAGCCAUUCUUCGUAAAAGAACAGCUGGUAUUCUAGACAUGGGAGGCGUGUCAACCCAGAUAGCAUACGAAGUACCCAAAACUGUAAGCUUUGCCUCCUCACAGCAGGAAGAAGUAGCUAAGAACCUGUUGGCUGAAUUUAACUUGGGGUGUGACAUUCACCAAACGGAGCAUGUGUACCGUGUCUAUGUGGCCACAUUUCUUGGGUUUGGUGGCAAUGCCGCUCGACAGAGGUAUGAAGACAGAAUAUUUGCCAGCACAAUUCAGAAGAACAGACUCCUGGGGAAACAGACUGGACUAACUCCUGACACUCCGUACCUGGACCCCUGCCUACCCCUGGACAUCAAAGACGAAAUCCAGCAAAAUGGAAUGACGCUCUACCUGCGGGGGACGGGGGACUUUGACCUGUGCCGGGAGACCGUCCAACCUUUCAUGAACAAAACAAACGAGACACAAACCUCCCUCAAUGGGGUCUACCAGCCUCCAAUUCACUUCCAGAACAGCGAGUUCUACGGCUUCUCCGAGUUCUACUACUGCACGGAAGAUGUGUUACGGAUGGGCGGAGACUACGACGCCACAGCAUUUACUAGAGCCGCCAAGGAUUAUUGUGCCACGAAGUGGUCGAUCCUGCGGGAACGCUUUGACCGAGGACUGUAUGCCUCUCACGCCGACCUCCACAGGCUCAAGUAUCAGUGCUUCAAAUCUGCCUGGAUGUUUGAGGUGUUCCACAGGGGCUUCUCGUUUCCUGUCAACUACAGAAAUUUAAAGACAGCCUUGCAGGUUUACGACAAGGAGGUGCAGUGGACUCUCGGAGCAAUCCUCUACAGGACCCGCUUCUUACCCUUGAGAGACAUUCAGCAGGAGACCUUCCGGGCCAGCCAUGCGCACUGGCGGGGCUUCUCCUUCGUGUACAACCACUACCUGUUCUCCGGCUGCUUCCUGGUGGUCCUGCUCGCCAUCCUCCUCUACCUGCUGCGGCUGCGGCGCAUCCACCGGCGGGCCCCGCGCAGCGGCUCAGCCGCCGCCGUCUGGCUGGAGGAGGGCCUUCCGUCCCAGAAGAUAGCUGGUACCUUAUGAACCGGACUCUGAGCCCCCGGAAGACUCUACAGGAAAAGCCAUUUUUGCCUCAGGGUUUCUCCUCUUCAUUCUCACUUAGUUUUGUUUUUCCUUUUCCUUUUUGUUCCUUGAAACAAAACCAAACCCCACUGUUUGUAAACUCCGCUCUCCUAGAAGUAUUGCGUCCAGCUGUUCUGUGUACAGCUUUGAAUGGAGGAGUCAGGAAAAGGGAGCAUCACUUCAUUUUUGCUGCGUAGACUGUCUAACAAAAAUUAUAAAGAUUUUGGGUUGUUCUCUAAGGCAUAUUUGAUUUUAAACAGAUGCACUUUGAUACUGGAGGAAAACAGCAGGCUGUCCUCUGUCAGGGGAGUUGGAACUGAGGGGUGACGCUUUCACAGAACCAGAACACAUUCUCACUGGACUGAUCAUCCCUGUUUCUGUCUUGAAAGCUCUCACCUAAAGAGGGAGAUGCUUAGUUUUAUUUAUUGUUCAGGGCUCUUGCUGUUUAUUUUCUUGGCAGGUUUAAAAAACCAGAACCAUUUAUAUCCACAGUAGGUAGGUAUAGGCACCAAGAGGUAGCAGUUUUUAAAAUUGAUAGGAAGAGACCUGAAAAAAAUGUGAAAAUGACCUGAGUGCUCUGUGUGUGUGUGUGUGUGUGUGUGUACGCGUGCGUGCGUGUGUGUGUGCGCGUGUGCGUGCGUGUGUGUGUGUGCGUGCGCGCACACCAGUGGGAGAGAGUGAGGGAGUACAGUGCUGUCACUUUUAAAAGCACACGCUUCAGAGUCUACUGUUGCAUUUCAUUUCAUUUAGAAAAAAAUCAGUCCUCGAUACCAACCACAGGCAGUUACUUCCUUCAUCCCAUCUUUCAGCACCCUUAGAACACUGUUUUUGACUGAGUUGGAAAAUUCAUAGUUUCACUGGUUUUAAUGUUGUUAGAACUGGAGCUGGUGUCUGCCAACUGGCAUGUCCGUAUUUCUCAUUCAUUUGUGGUUAUUUAAUUGUGCUGUGGUUUCUUCCACCUACAAGUUGGUAUCCCUCCUGCUCUCAUAUUUCAGAGCCUUGGCUUGACUGUUGUGGUUGAGGUGGUGCUGGCAGGGCCACUGUAAAGCUGCAGGACUAGGAGAAAGAAGAAUCAACUCACAUUUUGAGGAAAACAAGUUUGACAUUUCAAACAAAAAUCUAAAAAGUCUGUGAGAUGGGUGGUUUUUUACCUAUUUAUUUAGUUCAGAAACUUUGGACAUUCUCAUACAUAGUUUUUUAGAUGAUGGGGUGUGUGUGUGUGUGUACACAUGCAUGCACGCCCCUAGACUAUUUCUUAACUACACAACAGGUAAAUCCAUCUAGUUGGUAACAGAUUUAUAUUUUGAGAGUCAUCAGCUGCUUUUUAAAAGAAUCACUGAUGAGAGAAAGAAUUCAGGUUCUUAAGCCCUUAUUUAAUUUAGAAAAAAAAUUGGAUAUUCAUCUUGUCUAGUAUUACUUAAAAACCUGACAUACUAUAUGUUGAUAACUUAAGAGAUUACAGAUUUAUGAAAGAAAUGCAAAUCCUCUGAUCCUGCUCUUCAAAGUGAACAUUCUAACAAUGGAAAAAUUGUUGGUAGAAAGUUUGCCUCUCAGAUAUCAAGAAGGUUGGAGGAGCUAGAUGGUGUCAUAGCAUCUCAUGUGUAGAGAGACUUAAGAGAGGAUGGAGACAGGUAUUUCUCGAAAAAAUCCAGCCUCUGAAAUGCUGAUCUCCACCUGUUUAAUUCCUUGGUUCCUGGUAAACACUGUUCUUUUUCAAGACACAGCCACACCGGGAGCUGUGUUAUGAGUACCCCAGGGGUAGAGAGCUGGCAUGCUUCUCCUUGACUUCUUAGAGGGGUUGCCCUGUGGACUGUAGGUGGCAUUAGUGAUGAACAAAAAGUAAGUUUACACGUUAGCUUUUCUACCACCAGCCAUGUGGAGUAGUAAGGCCCUAACCUGCAGGAUGAAAAUUUCCCAGUACCUGGAAUAUGUGAUUUUGCCUUUCAGAUCACGACAAGGAUAAGCUAGCACAGGUAGGUUUAAAUGGGCGUAAAUUAAGACCUCCUACUGUAAACAGCCACUUUUUAGAUAAAGGGUGCUAAUGUGGUCCAGCUCUGUAUGUUUGGGCAGUGCAGCAGAGACCAGCAUGGAAGAUCCAAGCUUGACAUCCGUCUGCCAGGACCCAUCUCAGUCUCCAAAAGGAGUCCCCAGGUUAGGGUCCCAAGGCACAGUGGCUUUGUACUUUGCAUAGUUCGGAGCUGUGUACCCCAUCAAAGAAAUCCCAGCAGAGGCUUGGCAAGCCAUCACCCACAGGGAAAAUCUGGGAGACUCUUGAGCUGAGAAUGUGUUUUCAGUUUUUUUAAGGUCAUUAAAGGAAAAGUAACCGAUACACACCAGAGACUACAUGUGACCUGUAGAGCCUCAGACACUUACUCAGUGUCCCUUUAGAGAGGACACUGCUGAGCCUCCACAGAUGGUCCAUUCAAGAACAGAUAUCCAGUGCCUUCUCUCUAUUCAGAGAGGUACCUGUGACCAGCGUGAGCACAGAAAGAAGGGCCAGAGACAUGACCAACUGCAAUCUGGAAAUAGUUGUGGAUGUGCCAGAAUCUCACUCAUCUUUUCCUCUAGGUACUUUUCAAGAUUGGUUUUCUAAUAAACAGAUAACAUAUUCCCCCCUCCCCCAACCCAAAUUUAAAACAUGCUGUUGAGGGGGUGGGCGCUCACUCUGCCCUGUUGUGACAUCAGCAGGCACAGGAGGGGCCUAAUUCUGGAAGCAAAGAAAUAAUAUCAAUUAAGGGCUGGCCAAGAAGGCAGUAAAGUGUGAACACUUUUAGUGACAGAAAGCAGGAGAAAUCAGAUGGGUGGGAGGGAACUUGCUGAAAGCCUCGAAAAGAACAGUGUUCUGUGUUAGCUUUCUGUUUGGUGGAAAGAUUCCUCAAGUAAACGCUUCUGUUCAUCAUCCUACCUGUGCUGCUCCUUUUUAAACCUCCAGAGAAUGUUCUUGAAGAUUUUACAGUCCCUGCAACGACAUCACAGUAAAAGUACAAACAGACUGAUUGGUCCCAGUGGUUUUUGCACAUUCUCACCCUAAACCACUGGCUUUUUGCAGCUCCCCACCCUGCAAGCUGGGGAGACCCCUUGCUCUCCUGUCACCAUACCUGUGCACCCAGGCGGGAAAGCUCUAGAGUACCUGGUGUUUAAAUCUGAAACUCAGAUUUAACAUAGGAUAAUUCUCCAUCUAAGAAACAUGCACCACUUAGCAAGAAACUCAAACAGGCAACUGUGUUUUCCAAGCUUUUUUUUAAAAAAAAAUCAGCUUUAGAAUAUUGUGUGGUUACGUGCAAUGAGUGCAGCAGAACUACCUAUAAGUAAAUUAUUUAGUUAUUUAUUUCUCUUUCAGGGUUAUGUUUUUUUACGAUUUUUAUUGAUUGUCCUCUUCCGUAGUGAAUGAGGUGACCAACCAAGGAGAAUUCUGUGUUCUGUUACUGAGAUUUUAUUUCGAGGUUAGAAAUUAUACAAACUAAGGGAGCAUCUCUAAAUGUUUUUGAUUUAAAUGAUGUUUUCCAUUCAAAGAAUAAUUACCCUCGGGGAAUUGUGCUGUUGUAUCAUUUUCUAUGUUUGGCAACCUCACCUUGCGACACUCCAGAGGGAUGGGUGUUGAGAAUAAAGUGGAAGUUCAUCUGAUGGCCCAUAGAUUCUGUGUGAGCUUGCUUGCUUGUGAUUUUAAAAGAGAUUUUCCUCUGAUGUUUGAAUCUUGUUUCCUGUUAGAAUGCUUAGUUAAACUUGAAUCUCACUUCAGUAAAAUAAAUUGAGUCUGACUACACA